AAUGUGAGAAGCUGUGAUCAGUACACCUGUGAGCUACGCCCAUCUCUGUUCCUGCCAGUUUGAGCUCAGAGUGCAGGAAAUGGCAGCCGCAACUAUUUCUAUUGAACAGGAGCAGUUCUGUUGUUCGGUGUGCCUGGAGGUUUUAAGAGACCCGGUGACAAUCCCCUGUGGACACAGCUACUGUCUGGAAUGUAUUGACGACUACUGGAACAGGCCCAAACAGAAAGGCCAGUACAGCUGCCCUCAGUGCAGGCAGGUGUUUAACCCGCGACCUCUGCUGAGCAGAAACACAGUUCUGGGUGAAGUGGUGGAGAAGUUUCAGCGAAGCGGAAUUCAAGCUGCUGCUCAGCACUCAACCAAAACAGAGGAGGUGAAAUGCAGUGUUUGCACAGGGAGAAAAAGCAGAGCUGUUAAAUCCUGCCUUCUGUGCUUGGAGUCCUACUGUGUGGCUCACUUGAGAGUCCAUGAAGAACACUUUCAUGGAAAGGCCCAUAAGCUGAUCCCAGCUUCAGAUGAGCUGAGAGAGAAGCUGUGUCCACAGCACGACAAACUACUGCGGCUGUACUGUCACACUGAGCAGCAGUGUGUGUGCUCACAGUGUGUUAAAGAGAGGCACAGGGGCCACGAUACAGUGUCAGUGGUGGAUGAGAGAGCAGCACAACAGAAAAAACUCCAAGAAACCGCUUUGAAGUCUGUGCAGAAAAUGAAGGACGUGGAGAAGGAGCUUAGAUAUGUUAUCAGAUACAUCAAGCACUCCACGGAGGCAGCGGUGGAGGAGAGUGAGAGGAUUUUCUCCAAGCUGAUCCGAUCCAUCGAGAAACAGAGCAGCGAGGUGAAGGAGGUGAUUAAAGUCCAGCAGAGAGCAGCUGUCAGUCAGGCUGAGGAGGUGCUGGAGAAGGUGCAGAGGGAGAUAGUGGAGCUCAGGAGGACUGAGGCUGAGCUGGAGAAACUGUCCCACACUGAGGACCACGUCCACUUCCUCCAGAAGUGCAAGUCUCUUCAUUUCCCUAUGAAGACCGUGGACAUGCCCAGCACUGAUGCACUUCACUAUCUGAUGUAUAAAACCACCAGAGGAGCUCUGGCUGACCUGAAGGACAGUCUGGAUGAAACGCUUCAAAAAGAGUUCAACAGGAUAUCCGAUAAGGUGAUUUCACUGAAGGAAAGCAGCAAUCGAAGUACCUCAGAGAAGACUAAAGUUAAAGACCCUGACGUACCAUACAACCCAGAGCCAAAGACAAGAGCUGAUUUCCUACAGUACUACAAUGACAUAACCCUGGACCCGAACACCGCCAACUCUUAUCUGUGCUUCACUGAUGGGCGACGAGGAGUGACCACACGUUCUGAUCCACAGCCCUACCCGGACCACCCAGACCGCUUCACCAGCUGGGCCCAGGUCCUGUGCAGAGCCGGCAUGGCUGGACGCUGCUACUGGGAGGUAGAGUGGGCUGGAAACGGAGGGGUUUCCAUCGGUGUCUGCUACAAAAACAUGGGCAGGAGUGGAGGAGGGAGCGACUGCAAGCUGGGACACAACGCCAAAUCCUGGAGCCUGGACUGCUCGUACACAAUCUGCUCAUUUCAGCACAAUAAUGAGAGCGUGGCCAUCGAUGCUCCUUGCGGCAGCAGAAUAGGAGUGUAUCUGGAUUUUAGAGGUGGAAUUUUAUGCUUCUACAAUGUCUCUGAUUCAAUGGUUCUACUUCAUAAAGCAAAGACCUCAUUCACGCAGCCUGUACACCCUGGAUUCUGGGUAGGGCUGGGCUCUACCUUGAAGUUGUGUUCACUUUAAGUGUGAAA